AUCAGAGGAAAGUGAAGAUCCUUACAGAAGCUGGUGGCAACCUUGUUGGGGAGAGCCUGCAAAGUUAGUGGUGUUUUCAACUGAUGCCAACAGAAACUAAACGGAAGGCAUCUGAUACAGGUUUAUCCUUCCUUCGCAGUCACGGCGGAAACAUGAAGCCGCCACUCUUGGUGUUUAUCGUGUAUCUGCUGCGGCUGAGAGACUGUCAGUGUGCGCCUACUGGGAAGGACCGAACUUCCAUCCGUGAAGACCCGAAGGGUUUUUCCAAGGCUGGGGAGAUAGACGUAGAUGAAGAGGUGAAGAAGGCUUUGAUUGGCAUGAAGCAGAUGAAAAUCCUGAUGGAAAGAAGAGAGGAGGAACAUAGCAAACUAAUGAGAACCCUGAAGAAAUGCAGAGAAGAAAAGCAGGAGGCCCUGAAGCUUAUGAAUGAAGUUCAAGAACAUCUAGAAGAGGAAGAAAGGCUAUGCCAGGUGUCUCUGAUGGAUUCCUGGGACGAAUGCAAAUCUUGCCUGGAAAGUGACUGCAUGAGAUUUUAUACAACCUGCCAAAGCAGUUGGUCCUCUAUGAAAUCCACGAUUGAACGGGUUUUCCGGAAGAUAUAUCAGUUUCUCUUUCCUUUCCAUGAAGACGAUGAAAAAGAGCUCCCUGUUGGUGAGAAGUUCACUGAGGAAGACGUACAGCUGAUGCAGAUAGAGAAUGUGUUCAGCCAGCUGACCGUGGAUGUGGGAUUUCUCUAUAAUACGAGCUUUCACGUCUUCAAACAGAUGCAACAAGAAUUUGACCUGGCUUUUCAGUCAUACUUUAUGUCAGACACAGACUCCGUGGAGCCUUACUUUUUUCCAGCUUUUUCCAAAGAGCCAGCAAAAAAAGCACAUCCUAUGCAGGGUUGGGACAUUCCCAGCUUCUUCCAGCUGUUUUGUAAUUUCAGCCUCUCUGUUUAUCAAAGUGUCAGCACAACAGUUACAGAGAUGCUGAAGGCCCUUGAGGACUUACCCAAACAAGACAAAGAUUCUGCCCAUGGUGGACCGAGUUCCAUGACGUGGCCUGUGCGGGGCAGAGGGCUGUGUGGAGAACCUGGCCAGAACUCGUCCGAAUGUUUCCAAUUUCAUGCAAGAUGUCAGAAAUGUCAGGAUUACCUAUGGGCAGACUGUCCUGCUGUUCCUGAACUAUACACAAAGGUGGAUGAGGCCCUUGAGUUGGUCAACAUAUCCAAUCAGCAGUAUGCCCAGGUACUCCAGAUGACCCAGCAUCACUUGGAGGACACCACGUAUCUGAUGGAGAAGAUGAGAGAGCAGUUUGGUUGGGUAACAGAGCUGGCCAGCCAGACCCCAGGAAGCGAGAACAUCUUCAGUUUCAUAAAGGUAGUUCCAGGUGUUCACGAAGGAAAUUUCUCCAAACAAGAUGAAAAGAUGAUAGACAUAAGCAUUCUGCCUUCCUCUAAUUUCACACUCACCAUUCCUCUUGAAGAAAGUGCUGAGAAUUCUGACUUCAUUAGCUACAUGCUGGCCAAAGCUGUACAGCAUUUUAAGGAACAUUUUAAAUCUUGGUAAGCAGAGUAUUUGAUUAGGGACGUUUGCUGAUAGGAAUAGAUGGUUCUUAAAAGGGAAAAAUGACAAAACUAGCUUUUGAAUACCUUGAAAACAUAUUCAACCUCAUUAAUAAUCAAAGGCAUGAAAACUAAGACAAGUUAGCAGUUUUUACCUACUGAAUUCUCAAAUUAAAAAAAAAAAAUCCUGAUAGAAUGCAAUGAAAUGAGAAUUCUCAUAUGUGAUUGCCAGAAACAUAAACUGGUUUUGUCUUUUUGAAAAGUUAUUCAAUUAUACAUAUCAAGAGUCAUCAAAUUUCUUUUUAAUAUAAUAAUUCCACUUCUGGAAUCAAUCCAAAGGAGUAAAUCUAAAAUUGAAUUGAAGUUCCCACCCCAAGAUCAAUAUUUGCAAAUUAUUUAAAAUAGUAAACUGUUAAAAACUGAAUGUCAUCUGAAUGUCUAAAAACCAGAAAAUGGUUAAAAGUUGUGGCUAAAUAUGCUCCAAAUAUCUUAUAAAACCAUUAAAAAUAUUUAUAAAAUUUAAAUCAUGACAUGACAUCUGCUGGAACAAGAGUUUAUUCUAAGCCUAUCUAUAAGGCAAAUAUUAUUAUUACCAUCUUCCAGAAAAGAAACUUGAGACUCAGGGUCCCAGUGUUAGUUGCUCAGUCAUGUCUGACUCUUUGAGACCCCUUGGACUGUUGCCCACCAGGCUCCUCUGUCCAUGGGAUUCUUCAGACAAGAAUACUGGAGCAGGUUGCUAUUUCCUUCUCCAGGAAAUCUUCCCGACCCAGGGAUGGAACCCAGGUCUCCUGCAUUGCAAGUAGAUGCUUUACUAUCUGAAUAACCAAAUGAAUUACUCAAGUCAGUAGGGGGUAGAGGCAAAUUUUAACUUAGUUUUCUCUGAAUCAUAAUUGCCACAUUAAACUGGUUCCUGUUGGGACACUUGGUUGAAAAAAAAAAGUGAAAAAUGAGUACAAAACUCUAUAAAUGUAAUGAUCAAAACAAAAAAAAAUCUACAAUCUGCAUUAAAAAUAAAAAGGGUUGGCAGGAAUUACGAUCGGAAAUGGAUGAUUUUUUUUUUUUUAACCUUUUCAUCUUUUGAUAUUUUUAAAAUUUUCUAUAUAUAGUAUAAGUACUUCUAUUCCAUGGUAAUCCUACAGUAAGACAAAAUGUAAAUCUGUUCGUUCUACAGGAAAAACAACUAAAUGACCUUUCAGACAUACAUUAGUCACCGUCUCUGUUAGGAUAAUCUUCUGAAUUAAUGGCACAAUUAGAACUGUACACAGUAUUCUCCUUUGGUAAAAUGGUCAAUCUUAAAGAAGCAUUAAAUGUUAAUUCUAAGUUAUUACUCAUAAGGGACCUUGUUAGUAGGUCCCUAUCAAUAUAUAAUUAAGCUGUGUAUUACUAGAUUCGCUGCCUCUCCCUUUAUCUCUGAAUGUUGGAGAAGUUGUUGUUACAUCAAUCAACCAAUAUCUUUUUAGCAUCUUCUAAGUGAAGGCACGGGACUUCACUAGUGGCUCAGACGGUAAAGAAUCUGCCAGCAAUGCAAGAGACCCGGUUUUGAUCCCUGGGUUGGGAAGAUCCCCUGGAGAAGGGAAUGGCUACCCACUCCAGUAUUCUUGCCUGGAGAUUUCCAUGGACAGAGGAGCCUCGUGGGCUACAGUCCAUAGGGUCACAAGGAAUCAGACACAACUGAGCAGCUAACACUUUCACUUUCACUUUAAGUGAAGGCACAAGACCCAGGUACUGUGGAGAAGAAAACAAUGAGUUUGGGAGAGAAAAGAUGCACAAAACAGUAAUUCGAGGUGGCAUUUAGUGAGUGCCCAAAGGGGCCCUCUGGGAGUGGAAAGUGUCUUUACUUUCCAUGGGGGAGAAACUUCUCAGGUGACAUAUUUCCUUGUUUUCUCUUCUUUUCCUGUCUGUCUUCUAUCUCCCUCAUCCUUUCCUCUUCUUUCCUGUUUCUCUCUCUCCCUCCCCUCCCCCAAAUAUAUGAUAUAUAUAUGAUCAUGUGAUCAUAAUAUAAAGAUGAAAGACAUCCUGGUGGUCCAAUGGUUGAGACACCACUCUUCCAGUGCAAGAGGUGCGAGUUUGAUCCCUGGUUGGCUAUGGUGUGGUGCAGCCAAAAAAUUAAAUAAAUAAACAAAAAAUAUACAUAAAGGUGAAAAUAUUCCCCUAAAGAUUCCUUAAUUAGGGAAAAAUGUGAGCAAAUGGAGACAGAAAGACUAAAGUGCCUAGAUACUGGGGACCUUGAGAAGUCCUAUUAAACUGGUCUCCCACGAGGGCUCUUUGCCACCUCCCUCUGUCCAGAAACCUCCCCCUUAUGAGUUUGAGUUCUUUCUUCAGUUGUAAGCAACCAAGACCAGCUCAAUUAAAAGACCGCAAGGAUACCGGUGUCUCACAAAAUGAGUGGAGAGGCUGGGCAGCCAUGCCUGGGGCUUCAACCCUGUAGGGCACAGUGACACUGCAGGAUUUUGAGGAACGAAACAACGUGUUUGUGCUCGAAUGGAAUUGACAACUUAUUUCUGACUGAAUAAUAAAAAUAUUUCCAAUAAAAUUCUUUUCCCAGAUUUUGGAAUGAAGAGGCUACAAUGAUAACUGGAAAUACAUUGAAAAAUCGAGAUAGUGGACAAAUUAUUUAUUAAUAAGGCUCACGGAGUGAUCUUUUGCAAAGGCAGUAUUAUUUUUUUAAUAGUUUUUUAAUUCUAAAAGUAACAAUCACAAAUUCCAAAUGUUUAAAAGACAAAAUAUAUCCACAAUCCCCAGUCUUCACAAAACUGCUUGCUUAUUUUUAAUUCACAUUUACUACUUAUCUUCUUAGAUAGAUUCCAGGAAACAGAAUUAUUUGCUUAAAGGUUCACAUUUGAUUGAGACAUAUUGCCAAAUUUGAUAGCAGCAAUAUCUAAAGUCCUAUUAAUACUUUCUCAUAUCCUAACUAGUGUUUUGAUGUAAAACCUUCACUAAUAAAUGAAAUUUUUUACUAUUACAAAUUUAUGUUUUAGAUUAUUUGUGAGAACAGACAUCUUUCAAAAUUUGCUUACUAGUUGAAUUUCUUUUGUGCAUCCUAGUCAAGGCAGCGGGUAGAUUUUUGUCAGUGUUCUGAUUAGAUCAACACAUCAAGUUCUCAAACCUGCCAUCAGUUGAAAGAGCAACAUACUAAGGAAAGUAACCCUAAAGAUGGAGGAAAAGAAACACCCUUGUCAUUUCCUUUCAAAUCUAUGAAUACUUGUGAGGUCCUUAGUCCAAGAAUGUAGCUCAUUAAAACAUGAAUACCGAUUUUAUAGGUUAGAACAUAUAUUAAAAACCCUCUCCUGGAAUUCUCAUCUACUCAUCUAGUAUCCUAAGUGCCUCACUUUAUUGAUUGGUUUGCGAUGUGUUUAUCUCUCUAUUCCAAACUUUCGCGGCCGCUGGCCGUGGCCAGAAUCCACAGUAACAGGCUGUAACAGAAUGCCUUGUUGCCCCAAGUAUCUAAUAAGCGUUUGGGAACUGGUUCUUACCGUAAUUAUCAGAAUGAAAGGCACUCAUAGGAAACGCAUUGAAUAAAGUAGUGUGCCAUAAGCAGUAGAAGUUUACUGAACAAAUACUAUGUGCAUGCAGAAUGCACUCCAGAAGGAGUGCUUUAUCUUCACAUCAGAGACAAGGGCCUUUGUAGAGGUUUCAUGAGUCAGGGCAACUGAGAAGAUCCCUUUGAGUAGGAUUAUUAAAAACAUCCAUUCAGAUGAGUUUUCUGUUAUUUUGCUAUGUGUUAACUUUUUCAAAAGCCAAGAGUAUUUAUUCUGUUACUCAUCCUAGACUUUAUUUCAAAGGAAAAAAAUGCCCUCUGUCUGUAAGUAAUUUAUUAAUAUUUUGAUUAUUGAUGCUUUUUGUAAAGGUAAAAACUGAUACAUCCUAUACACAGCAAACAGAAUUACCUCUUCAGCUGAGACCUGAAAAUCUCAAAAUACAUAAGAUAAUUAAGUAAACGUAGUUGCAGGAAAAUAUGUCACUUAUGCAGAUUCUUUACCAUCUGAGCCACCAGGGAAGCCCGUACAUAUUAUACAGUCCUGUUAAUUUUCUUAUGUUGAAUGGCAGCUUAAUAGCUAUUCAAAGUGAAUUAAAAGUGAACAUUCCUUUUUUAGAAAAUCAAAUGUAAAUAUCACUGUAUUUUAUGAUAUAUUCACAGUUUGUAUAUUAAAUAUUAAAUCACCAGGG